CUCGGAAACGGAAAUUAAUAUAGGGAGACGCGGUGACUUCUCAUUGCUUUGCCACUUGUUUUGUUUCAGAACAAGGGAAUUGGCCGGUGUUGAGAGAGAAGUCAUGGAUGAAUUCUCUGAUCCUGAUCUGGCUGUUUUGGGUGAGGAGUCCAAAUCAGAAAAUGGAGAAAAUGCUCCUGUUUACUGCAUCUGUCGCAAGCCUGAUAUCAAUUGUUUCAUGAUAGGCUGUGAUCACUGCAAUGAAUGGUUCCAUGGCCACUGUAUUAACAUUACUGAGAAGAUGGCAAAGGCCAUUCGGGAAUGGUACUGCAUGCAGUGCAGAGAGAGAGAUCCAACACUUGAGAUUCGGUACAGGCAUAAAAAGUCCAAGGAGAAGGACCGUGAGGGUGAGCGGGAAUGUGCCGAGAAGGAUGAGUUACGUGCGAAGGCCCAGGAACUGGCCUUAGAGCAGAGUCGCAGCUCAAAACAGAUCAAGCGUUCGGCACGCAUGUGCGGUGAAUGCGAGGCUUGCCGGCGCACGGAGGAUUGCGGGCAGUGCGAUUUCUGCCGUGAUAUGAAGAAGUUCGGGGGCCCCAACAAGAUCCGUCAGAAGUGCCGUCUGCGGCAAUGCCAGGUCCGGGCUCGGGAGUCCUAUAAAUAUUUUCCAGCUUCGAUGUUACGGGGGCGGGAGGAUGAUCUGCAGCUGCUAAAGGAACAGCUAGAAUCGGCUGCCACACCUGAGCCUCUGUCGGAUGAUGAUCUGCACAUAGAUCCCGAUUUGUAUCAGGAGCUUUGUUCAGGGGCCUUCGAUGAUCAGAACCUGCCAUGGCUCAGCGACACAGAUGAUGCACCCUUCCUUGAUCCCAUGUUGCGGAAACGGGCUGUGAAGGUGAAGCAUGUCAAGCGCAGGGAGAAGAAAUCUGAGAAAAAGAAGGAAGAGAAAUACAAGCGGCACAAGCAGAAGCAAAAGCACCGUGACAGAUCCAAGCAUGCUGAACGGGUGGAUGCCAAAGACCCUUCCUCACUGCACCAGUGCCUUGGCCCUGGUUGCAUCCAGGCUGCUCGGCUUAACUCAAAGUACUGCUCCGAUGAAUGUGGAAUGAAGCUGGCGGCAAACCGUAUCUAUGAGAUCCUCCCUCAGCGCAUCCAGCAGUGGCAACAAAGCCCAUGUGUGGCAGAAGAGCAUGGCAAGAAGCUGCUGGAACGAAUACGGCGGGAGCAGCAGCAGGCCCGGCUCAAACUACAGGAAAUGGAGCGCAAAUUCCAUGAGUUGGAAGCUAUCAUUGUCCGGGCCAAGCAGCAAGCCAUCAAGGAAGAUGAAGAGACCAGUGAAGGAGACAGUGAUGACACGGAUUUGCAGAUAUUCUGCGUUUCCUGCGGUCAUCCCAUCAAUCCCAAGGUUGCUCUGCGUCACAUGGAGCGGUGCUAUGCCAAGAUCACAGUUUCCAUGGUUCUGGUAUGCAGCUACUACCAAGUCCUCUGGAAAAGAGCAGCAACUUCAGGAGUGACUCCAGAAUCCUGCCUUUGUUGUGCAGACCAGAGAGGAAGUAGGCUAUAAAGUCAAGGGGCAAUGCACCCUGGGAUUGAAUUUCAGGUGCCGUGGCUGAUGGGAUGCUGCCACUUGUGGGAGGACUGAGCAGGGAGGAUGGAAGCCAUGACAGAGAAUCUGCUUGAUCAUCUGUCAAGUAGAUCAUGGUGAAGAAGACCACAACCCAUGAUAAACGUGCAGGGUUGCUUAUGUUUUGUGAACCUAGCCAACAAAAUUCUUGAGUUGUUAAAAGAAGGUUAGAUACUCCUUUUCUUCUAAACAUGCCUGAGGUAUCUAGCAGGCUGCUGUUUAUCAUAAGAAGCCAAGGCCAAUAUCCAGUGCUGCCCUUGCACUAUAGGAAUGAAUGCUAAUGCAAGAGUUUGAGAGGGUCAUGGAAGAAACUAGCUCAGACUGCUGCUUCUGGGAAGGAUUUGUCCUGUUCUAGAAGCACCAGUUUCUUUCUCUUGUGUCAGUGGUGGUUCUGGCUAGUGAGCUUCGAUCAAUGCCAUCAAAGGGCCAGUGCUGGAUUCUUUGUUCAUCUAUUUCAGUAUUAGUUUGGCAUUUUAAAUGCAUCCCAGAAAUGUGAUGCGGGUUUGCUGGUAUGCUCAUGUAUGGCCUGAUCCUGCAUAUGCUUUGAACUCCAGUAGAUGUACAUAGGUUACAGUCUGUGUUCCUAAUGGACGGAUACCCUUCCUCAACCAGGUGCUCUCCAGAUACUGUGGCUAGCAAUUGCUUUCAGCCCCAGCCAGCUUCUCUGCUGGUCAGGGAUGAUGAUUGUUGUAGUCCAACAAACCUGGAUGGCUUUAGGUUGGAGACGGUUGGUCCAAGAUAGCCUUCCUCCAGCCUUCCACCAUCUGGGACUACAACUGCCACCAAUCAACAGGCUGGAGAAGGUUGAUCAAGGAUGUGAGAGGGUGGUGGCACCAAUUUCAUGACUCUUUGUUAAAACUAGUUGAGCUGGUGCCAGGAGGGAGGGGGAUAUUGUUUCUUCACCUUACAGGGUGUGGCAAUGCUUUUGUUCUGCUGAACGGUCAUGAUGGUUGUUUCCUUUUCUCUCUCCCU